AUGACUACUCCAGUGAAACUAGCAGGCUCCCCAGCCGAGAAAGACGCCGUCGCCGACGCCGUGUUCCGCUUCUGCCUCGCCGUCGACACCCGCGACCCAGACCUCUUCGACUCCAGCUUCACCGACGACGCCACCAUCGAGCUGCUCGGCGAGAAGGGCACCGGCCUCCAGGCCGUGCGCGACCUGUGCUACAACCGCGUCGCCCCGCUCGACACCACCCACCUCGUGUCCAACUUCCGUGUCAACGUCGAGGGCUCCACGGCCAGCCUCACCGCCGUCUCGUACGCGCAGCACUUUGGCAAGGGCAAGGGCAUGGCCCCAGACUCCAAGUUCCUGCUCUCGGGCGGCAUCCACCGCGCGCAGCUCGUCCACGACGCAGCCUCCGGCCUGUGGAAGAUCCGCAGCCUCGCGAUCGACGUCCACUGGACCGACGGCGACUUCUCUGUGUUCCAGGACAAAUAG